AUGAGGAUCAGAGCUAUAUUAAAGCUGGAAAAUGGGAAGUUCAUCAUCAAGAUUUAUAUUCGAAACUGGAUACCUAAUUUUCGCCUAGAAUAUCAUCGUACUUCUUGUGCCAACAUUUGGGUUCAUCUUCCUGGGCUGAGCUUGGAGUACUGGGAUGAACAAACACUUUUCACAAUUUGUGAGGCUUUGGGUACUCCUGUUAAAGUGGAUGAAGCUACCUUAAAUUUUGAAAGUCAUCUUCAGUCUGAAUGCAGAGUUAAGAAGGUAGCACAAGAAGCAAGUAAUCAACAAAAUAACAGUAACUCUCCGCUAUUUGGUUCUACGUCAAUGAAGAGUCAGGACAAAUAUGAUUCUAAACAAAUACAUGAAGAAGAUAAAGGCAUUAAUUCUACAAAGUCUACAUCACCUAAGUCUCAUUAUGUUCCAACUACUACUUGGUCCAAAGUAAUUCAGAAACCUGCAGCAACUAAUGCAACUACUUCUUCUAGUAUAUCAACAAAUGCAGUACCUAAGGUAAAUUCUCAACAAGAUCCAGUUAAAUAUAAUUUUAGAAAGAAUCAAAGCAUGGGAGUUUUUAUAGCUGAACCUAAACUUGUUUGUAGUGUUUCCUUCUGCAAUAAAUUGAAUCUUCCUGGUAUGCAAAAUAAAGUUAUUCACAAUUUCGUUUCUAAUAAAAAAGGUAACAUAUGGCUUUCUUGGAAUAAAACAUUGCCAGAACCAUCUGUGAUUUCAAUGUCUAGUCAGAUGAUUACUGUUAGCAUUGGAGGUGUUCUUGUAUCUGGAAUUCAUGCUCAUAUGGGUGUAGUACAAAGAAGAUUUUUAUGGAGUGAGAUGGAUCAAAUUAGUGAGUUAAAGCAACCUUGGCUUGCUAUAGGGGAUUUCAACUCUAUUGUUUCUUCUGAAGAAAAGGUUGGUGGCAGAGCUGCUAAUAGAAGAGUUAUGCAAGAAUUUAACACUUGUCUUGAUAAUUGUGAAUUAAUACAUGCUCCAAAAUCUGGUCUUCAAUUUUCCUGGUCUAAUUGUCAACAUGGAAAUAAGAGAAUUUUGAGUAAUUUAGACAGAGCAGUUUAUAAUCAUUUGUGGUUUCAAAAACAUUCAGAUUGGGGUUAUAAAGUUGGGUUGAGAAUUGCCUCUGAUCAUGCACCUCUUUUAGGUGGAAGUGAAAGCAUUCCCAAGCCUUCAAAUAUUCCUUUUAAAUUUCAGAAAAUGUGGUUAACUCAUCCUGGAUUCAUGGAGUUGGUUUCUAAAUGUUGGAAUGAACAUGUUGCAGGUGAUCCUUCUUUUGUUUUACUACAAAAUUGA